AUGAGCGUCAGAUACCACGUUGGCCAGCUCGUAGUUGUUCGCGACAACCUGGAAGAGAAUUGGCACUGUGCCAGGAUUUUCCAAGUGACCCCGCAGGUGUUGGUGAAAAGAAGGCCGCGGAGCACUCCAUCAAAGUUCAAUUUCAUAAAGCCCUUGGAAGCCAUGGACGACAAAGAAAGAAAAGGCGUUCUUGCCUUGGAGCAGCAGCUCAGGAACAGCGAGGACAUUGGCCCGGAUCCCCCUCCCAUGGGUCUUUCCGCUGAGGACCAAACAGCAUACCCAGUCAUUGCGGCCAGAGCAAACUCGGCUUUCUUGAGCUUGGUUUUGCUAAUUGGAAGCUUGAGCCCAGUGAUCCUGAACAACAUUUGGCUUAUGACCGCCAACUCAGUGAACGUCGGAGAUGGGCACCAACAGUUCUGGUGGUACACUCUGGUGUUUGACAACUACUUCAUGGUGGUCAAGGGCAUCAUGUUUUCCGCCUUCUUCUAUGCCUUCUUGCCGCAGCCGGAGCGAGGCCACAUCAAGCUUCUCUACACGAUGCUGGCGUUCAUGUGGCCACUUUUGUCAUUUCUGAUUCAUCUGCUGUGGUUGGCGGUGGGUUCGGUCGACGACUCUGGUAAUUCCUGGGGUCUGAUGAAGCUGAACUUCCCCAUCGGCGCGUCCACAGCUGUGUUCACAUGGAUGCCGCUGUGUCUCUAUGUGCAGUAUGGUCGAUCAGAGCGGUUCUUUGCCUUCAAGCGCUUCGCGGUCAUCAUCGUCAUUCUUGUGGCUGACCUCAUCUUCAUCAGCUCCUCCCACAUGGUCUUGCUAUUCUUCAAGGCUUUCAAAGAUGGGAGCUUUGGUUCGUUGGAGUCGGGCGUGGAGAGUUUAGUGGAAGUCCUCUUCCUCCUUGGGUUCAUGCAAGUUUACAUGCCAGUUCUUGGAAAAGUAUGGCAAGUGGGACUCUUUCUCUUCGACACCCUGGCGCCAAUGGAAGAUCUGCAAAGGCAACGUAUGCUAUACUUCGCCACGGUGAUCCUUGACAUGCACCGCUACAUGUAUGUCCGGGAGAUGCUGUACAUGACAGACAGCAUCCCCAUCGUGGCGUUUAUGGUCCUGAAAGAUUUUGCCUACGACGUCUAUCACUUUGGAGUUUCCUCUUCUCCGGCUUUGCAGUCCGUGAAGCUGAUGGGCAUCCCAACAUGGAAGCUAUUCCUUGGUACCAGCGAGGCUCGGGCGGCAACAUCACGGUGCUAUGAGGGUCUCAUCUUUGUCCUUGGCCUUUGCGCAGACUUUCUAGAACUCCCACAAGUUGCCACAGGUGUUUUUACAUGGACUAUUGACUGCGGCUACCCGGAGAAGACGACCACUACCAGCUUUGGCUUUGCAGAGACGCGUGUCAAGCUUGUGAAUGUUCCUACAGAGUUCGGGUCCAGAUUUAGGGAGUGGGCUGUUAAGACUGCGAAGGAGCGAAAGAAGAACCUUUCCCUCCUGAAACGUACAGAGAAGCCUUCCUUUGACACCGUCCUUGCCCUAGAUGCUGUCGAGAAAAGCAAUGGUGAAUGGCGCUCCGUGUGGGAAGGCUUCAAGGAUCCGGGCCGGUUCAGCUUUUACCAGUUUAUGACCGUGCAGCUGGGGGGGAUCAUGUUCUGCCGAUAUCGUGCACGAAUCAUCAUCAAGAUUGCCAGCAGCAUCAUGCUCUUGGCUGCCGGCACCUUGAUCCGGCUGACACCUUCGAAAGAUGUCCUGAACCGUGUACACGACCACACCAAGCCGCGUGAGUUGAUCCAAUGGAUUGUUCCGGCCACAAUGCUGUUUUGCGACAUUCUCGAGCUGGUGUUGAUACAGUGCCUGCAAGAUGGUGAUGCCGCGACCAUGGGGUACAAGCUCAAGCGCUUUGCACGGCUGUUCAGUGAUCCCAUCUUCAUGGGGAUGGUCAUGAGCUGCCACGUUUGCUGCAAUAGCGACUUGUACAUUACCUUUGCUGAACUCAAAUUCGGUGCCUAG